AUGGGUUUCGGGGCGAGCGUUGGGCUCCGCCGCGCCGCGCUGGGCGCUCGGUCUGUCUCAGCGGUGCGGAGCGAGCCAGGCCUCCCGCCGCCGCGGCUGUAUAGGGGUGUGCAGCUCCGGGCCAGGCCCCGGCCGGGGCAGGAGCGCAGAACCUCUGUUAUGCACCUUAAGCCAUACUGGAAAUUCCAGAAGAAAGGGCAACCUCUGGAAAUCGGCACGGAAACUCUGAGAACUCCUAUGAGCCACCAACGGGCUAUCAGCGAUGAAGAAUGCAAAGCUAGCUGUAUGAAACCAAGUGUCUUUCCUUCAGCCUCUCUUGGUAAAGCAUCAUCUCGAAAGCCUUUUGGAAUCCUUUCUCCAAAUGUUCUGUGCAGUAUGAGUGGGAAGAGUCCUGAAGAGAGCAGCUUGAAUGUUAAAACCAAGAAGAAUGCACCAUCUGCAACAAUCCACCAGGGUGAAGAAGGGGAAGGGCCACUCGAUAUUUGGGCUGUUGUGAAACCGGGGAAUACCAGGGAAAAGAUAGCAUUCUUUGCAGCCCACCAGUGCAGUAAUAGAAUAGGAUCUAUGAAAAUAAAAAGCUCCUGGGAUAUUGAUGGGAGAGCUACUAAAAGAAGGAAAAAAUCAGGGGAUCUUAAAAAAGCCAAGAUACAGUUAGAAAGGAUGAAGGAGGUCAACAGUAGAUGCUACCAGCCUGAGCCUUUUGCAUGUGGCAUCGAGCAUUGUUCUGUGCAUUACGUGAGUGACGGCGGGGACGGCACGUAUGCCGGGAGGCCUCUAUCGGUCAUACAGAUGGUCGCCUUCCUUGAGCAAAGAGCCAGCGCUCUGCUAGCCAGUUGUGCGAAAAACUGCACCAACUCACCUGCUGUGGUGCGGUUUUCCGGGCAAUCCAGAGGUGUACCUCCAGCCCCCGAGCCUUUGUCCGCCCCAGGAGGAUGUGAAGAACCUGCAGAAAGGAGAAAUCCUGAGGUUGGUGAACCACAGAGCGAGCCCGUCCGUGUCCUCGACAUGGUAGCCAGGCUGGAGUCCGAGUGCCUGAAGCGGCAGAGCCAGCGAGAGCCCGGGAGCCUCUCGAGGAAUAACAGCUUUCGCCGCAAUGUGGGCCGCGUGCUGCUUGUGAAUGGCACCCAGGCUGAGGAAAGCAAAGCAGAGAAAGGCGCCUUGGAGGUUCCUGACACUCAGGUGAAAACUGUGGGGUCUGUAUCUGGGGGCUGCAGCCCCUUAAGAGCUGACCGUUGUUCUCCUCAGGGGGACCAGGCCUGGGACAGUGCGCCUCGAGGCUGUCCCUCGUUGCCGGCAGGCAUGAGUUUGCACACGGACAGUGCAGAAUUAGAGCCAGAUCAGCAGACUGCCAUGAAAAGCAGCAACAGGCACGAUGUGGAAAUGACAGAGGAACUUGCUGGGCCACCUUUUCCUCCUCGCACCUGUCCCCAAGCCAUUGAAUUGCCCACAGAUGCUGUUGAUGGCAUUAGUGAAGAGCUUGUGCCACUUGCUAACCAAAAUCCUGAUCAGCGCAAAAAAGAAUCUUUGUGCAUUAGUAUCACUGUGUCCAAGGUGGAGAAAGACCAGCCUUCCAGUUCGGAGUCCUGUGAAGACCCACUUCCAGGGAUGUUGUUUUUUUUGCCAUCUGGUCAGCACCAGUCAGGCCAUUCCAAGUCAAAUGAAGCCACAACAGAAGAGUCUUCUGAGGCCAGUCAGCUUGAAGAGGUUGCUGAAGGUGACAGCGCAUCUGAGGAAAAAAGUGUCUCGGUUGAUUCAUUUGUCCCACUGGCCUCUCCUGUGGAAAGUACAUUACCAAUGCUUGAGGCGUCCAGCUGGAAGAAGCAGGUGUCACAUGACUUUCUGGAGACCAGGUUUAAAAUCCAACAGCUUUUAGAGCCUCAGCAGUAUAUGGCUUUUCUGCCCCACCACAUCAUGGUGAAAAUCUUCAGGUUACUUCCUACUAAGAGUUUAGUGGCUCUUAAAUGUACCUGCUGCUAUUUCAAGUUUAUCAUUGAAUAUUACAAUAUCAGGCCGGCAGACUCUCGCUGGGUGCGGGAUCCACGCUACAGGGAGGACCCGUGCAAGCAGUGCAAGAAGAAGUACGUGAGAGGGGAUGUGUCUCUGUGCCGGUGGCACCCCAAGCCCUACUGCCAGGCGCUGCCCUACGGCCCGGGCUACUGGAUGUGCUGCCACCGGUCUCAGAAGGGCUUCCCUGGCUGUAAGCUGGGGCUCCAUGACAAUCACUGGGUCCCUGCCUGCCACAGCUUUAAUCGGGCAAUCCAUAAGAAAGCAAAAGGGACUGAAGCUGAGGAGGAGUACUAA